UGGGGCGGGGGCAAGUGUCAGUCAGGUCCGGAGUGCGACGGGGGACAGCGGGGCCCCGGGCGGCUGACGGGGGGCCCGGGACGCUGCCGUGUUGUCCGCUCAAGAUGGAGUUCCUCCUGGGGAACCCGUUCAGCACCCCGGUGGGGCAGUGCCUCGAAAAGGCAACAGAUGGCUCCCUCCAGAGCGAGGACUGGACGUUGAACAUGGAGAUCUGCGACAUUAUCAAUGAGACAGAAGAAGGGCCAAAGGAUGCCAUUCGAGCCCUGAAGAAGCGGCUCAACGGGAACCGGAACUACAGAGAGGUCAUGCUGGCAUUGACUGUGCUGGAGACGUGUGUGAAGAACUGUGGCCACCGCUUCCACAUUCUCGUGGCCAACCGGGAUUUCAUCGACAGCGUCCUGGUCAAAAUCAUCUCUCCCAAGAACAACCCUCCCACCAUUGUGCAGGACAAGGUGCUUGCUCUGAUCCAGGCGUGGGCGGAUGCCUUUCGAAGCAGCCCUGACCUCACUGGCGUGGUGCAUAUAUACGAGGAACUGAAGAGGAAGGGGGUCGAAUUUCCCAUGGCAGACUUGGACGCUCUGUCUCCCAUCCACACACCACAGCGGAGCGUCCCCGAAGUGGAUCCAGCCGCAACCAUGCCCAGGUCCCAGUCGCAGCAGAGGACGAGUACCAGCUCCUAUUCCUCGCCUCCUCCUGUUCCCUACUCCGCUCCGCAGGCCCCGGCCCUGAGUGUGACGGGCCCCAUCACGGCCAAUUCAGAACAGAUUGCCAGGCUUCGGAGUGAACUGGAUGUUGUUCGAGGCAACACAAAAGUCAUGUCGGAGAUGCUAACAGAAAUGGUCCCCGGGCAGGAGGAUUCGUCCGAUCUGGAAUUGCUGCAGGAGCUGAACAGGACCUGCCGGGCCAUGCAACAGCGCAUCGUGGAGCUCAUCUCCCGCGUGUCCAACGAGGAGGUCACCGAGGAGCUGCUUCACGUCAACGAUGACCUCAACAACGUCUUCCUCCGCUACGAGAGGUUUGAACGAUACAGGUCAGGCCGAUCAGUGCAAAAUGCCAGUAAUGGAGUACUGAACGAAGUGACCGAGGACAACUUAAUAGACCUGGGCCCGGGGUCUCCAGCUGUGGUGAGCCCAGUGGUGGGGAACACGGCACCCCCAUCUUCUCUCUCCUCUCAGCUUGCAGGCUUAGACUUGGGGACAGAGAGCGUCAGUGGUACCCUCAGUUCACUCCAGCAGUGUAAUCCGCGUGAUGGCUUUGACAUGUUUGCCCAGGCGAGAGGGAACUCCUUGGCUGAACAACGCAAGACGGUAGCCUACGAGGACCCCCAGGCUGUCGGAGGACUGGCUUCUGCACCAGACAGCCGGAAACAGAGCUCUGAAGUGAAGAGAGGUAAAGGUGGGGACUCUGACCUGGAGCCCAUAGACAGCUGGCUCAUAACCCAAGGAAUGAUCCCCGUUGCACAGCCCUCUGUCAUGGACGACAUUGAAGUGUGGCUCAGGACGGACCUGAAGGGCGAUGACCUGGAGGAAGGCGUCACGAGUGAAGAAUUCGAUAAGUUCCUGGAAGAAAGAGCCAAAGCUGCCGAAAUGGUCCCCAGCCUCCCCUCGCCCCCAGGGGACACCCCAGCCCCAGCCUCAAACCCCUCCGGCCGGAAGAAGCCAGAGCGAUCAGAGGACGCCCUCUUUGCCCUGUGAGCUGGUCUACGGUUCGGCUCCCCAGACAGCAGGUCACCUCCUGUCCCCCCGGUCCAAACGAGGCACUGGCCCCCCUCCCCCCAUCUGCAGUUCCCUCUCGGUCCUGUACUGCUGUGUCUCCACGGAAGCGCCCCUGUGUUUGCUCCCAGGCCUCCCACGUGGCAGGACCAACUUCAGCCACCUUCUUCUGUCUGGGUGGUGGGACAGCCCCGCUGCAACCAGAGGCUCUCGCCCCCACCCCCGCCCCUCCUGCCCACAGGCUCCCUUUGCCUCUAUGUCCUCCCCAGAAGAGCAAGCCAUGGGACCAUUUCUUGAGGAGACACCUGGACUGUCUUUUCUCCGGUCCCCCCCUCCCACAGAGAAGGGGGUCAGACUCCAGCCCCUUCCCCCAUGUGCCCCACCCCUGCCUGCCUUGGCGGGUCUCCUUGGACCGGCCUACCCUCCCGUGCCCCGUUCCAGAAAGGGCUUGUCUGCACCUGUGGACUUGGUCUCCCUCCCUGGAAUGCUGCUCCCUGACGCGUGUCACCCUGUGGCACUUGGCGUGCUCGGCACUUUAGAAGGCUCUGUGGGUGCCUGUGUGUGAGGCCUCUCGUCCUUUUGACCCUCUCUCCAUCACUAAGCUGCUAGGCCAGGCAGCCGCCCAAGCCGGCUCAGCAGCUGAGCCCGGGACCAAGGGGUCCCUGCAGGCUCCUGGUGUGCCGAGGGAGAGCCAAGGGCAGUUGCAAGGAUGGCAUGUGCCCCACGGAGGGUGGUCAAGAGGCACACGGCUUAGCUCCCACUGAGAUACACCACCGGAAACCAAACUGCCCCAUGCCCGCCGCACGCUGCCCUCACACGGUUGUCCCCAUCUGGGGAGGGCCCCGCCUGGGGAGGAGUUGCUCUGGCUUGCUUGGGAAGGCUCGGUGGGUUUGUGAGCCAUCGUGCCGUCAGCCCUUCCCACCUGGCAGUUGGAGCAGGGGGCUCAUGGACACAGGCUGACACCGGUGCCUCGGGCUCUGGGAGAAGCAUUUGGACCGGGCCCUGGACGCCUCCGAUGGAGAGCGAGGCGCCGCCCGGCCCAGAGCCCCAUGCCCAGUCGCGCACCUCAGCUUCCUCCUGAGAGGCCUGGGGUCUGGCUGGGGGCCUGUCUGGCAGGACCAGCUGGGGAGGUCACACUCCAGGUCCUCAGAGGACAUGCAGGAAGCUCCUCUCAGAGCUCAGCCAGCCUGACUCCGGCCCUGCCCUCCCGGGCAGUCAGUGCCAUGCCCUCCACUCUCCCCCCCACCCCUGCCCCUCAGUCUGCCUACACACCUCUCUUCGACGUGGUUCCCAGGCAGAGCCCCCUGAGGCCCGCUUGGAUGUUCAGACGUCUGAAGUCCGACAGCUUGACACGAGCUGCAGAGAAGGUGGCUGGGAUGGUCCAGCUGGACCCAGCAACCCAGCUGCUCGCCCUGUGGCGCAGUCCCGAGCACUAGUCUCUGUGAGGGCCAGGGGCCCCCCUUUGUAGCUGGGCCUCGGGGGUUAGGCCUGCGGCAGCUGUAAACCCACAACCACUGAGCCCAGCAUCCUCUGAGGGAAGAGCAGCCUCCCUGCCUUGUAGAGAGGGAAGUCCCCACAAGAACGGGGUCCUGAGGGGACAGGAGGCUCCUGGCAUGAGUGAAGGCGAGGCCUGCGUCUGCCUGGGGAGACCCCAGCACAGUUGCUCUGGACCAUAGUUGCUCUGGACCUAUGGUCCAGAGCUGCCCCCCAACUCCAGGCUGGCCAUGGAGAGACCAGGCCAGCCCCGGGCAGCAGGUGGUGGUGGACCUGGGAGCUGACGGGAAGGCACUGGCCCACACGGGGAAGUGUCCCCUGCCUUCCCGGCCUGGAGCUGCCCCUCCUGCUGUCACCCGCACGUCAGGCCCAGAGGCAACCUGCCCCUAUCUGGACGCUGAGGGGACACUUGCUUGAGGCCUGCCCAAAAAGCCAAGUAGGGGCCCAGGUGGCCUUAAGGGGGUGCUGCUCAGCCCUUCCUGUCCCCAGGGGCCACAUGACUGCUGGCUGCCUUCCAUCUGGGGAGCACAGCCCUGGGGCUACGUGCUUAGGGAGGGGAGCAGAGCUGUGGCAGGCAAGCUGGCCAGUGCCUACGCCCCAGGAGAGUGAGACCCUCGCGAGCCACCAGCCUCUGCACAAGUGUUAGAAAUCACAGAUACGGUAUGUACUUAAUUACACUAAAUUAUUGCUGGGAUUCCUUAUAAGCACUAAUUAUACCUGAUUAUAGGUUAAAAUAUUUAUUUUGUCAAAAUAUUUUCUUGGGGAUGUGUUGGACUUUUCUGUGUUCAUUGUGUGCUAAGAUGAGAAAACUAACCAUUGCUUCCUGCCUGCCUUUGGGGCCAGUGGGCAGCAGUGACCCAGGGCACUGGUGGGCUUCUGACCGGCCUGCCCCAAAGCGGUCCCUGUCCGGGAGCCUGAGGCACUGAGCAGGCCGACUGGGGCCAGGCCGAGAGGUGACCCACCUGCUUAUCAGCACGCACGGGACAAGGGCUUUCUGAGCUGACAGGGCUUGUUGCUGGCGUGGGCCAGAGGGAAGGGUGACUGUUGGUGUGUUGUCUGUCCUCCUGUCUUUGUCAGCCCCAUCAGUGUGAGCGACCAUGCUGUCUGCCUUGGCUCACUGCCCUUCCCCUGCUCACCCAGGGGUCCAGAGCAAGGGGGCCUGGGGAGGUGUGGGGCCUGCACUGUCACUCAAGUUCCCCACCUGGGCGAGUGGUGGCAAGGGCUCUGGAUGGCCCCGGGGGCAGCAGGUACCUGGACUCCUCCAGCAUCGUGGGGCAGACGGCGGCUCGGCCUCCCACACACCUGCUCCUCGUCUUCCUUCCUGCCGCCCACCCCCACUCUGCCUCCACGUACACCCGUUUCUAACUCAGUCCAGCCCAGCCUUCUGGAUGGUUUGAGGGGGGCUGUGGGCUUGCUGGGGAAGAGCUCCAUGUGGAGUCCUGCGUUUUCAGCUUGGCCUCCGUGGCUCGGGGCGUGUGCGCAUCCAGAAGACGCCCCUUGCGGUGCCCGCCUCUCCCGGUGCCCACCUCCCGCCCUCCCUGUGCAGGGGGGUCCACGCCGGGCUUCCCCUGCAGCCAGCAGCCCCCGGGGACAGCUGUCAACCCGCUCAUGUGGGGAACGGGGGGCGGAGAUUUAUUUCCUAAAGUUUGCACUUAAUUUGCGAGGGCCUCAGGAUCGUUGGGGGCUACCGCGGAGAGAACUGUGUCGUGUCUGUUGUCCAGCUGUCCCCGGAGUCUGACGUUCUGUUGCUGUUGUGCGUUUCUGCGGGCAGAGCCGGGUCUGGAGGGCGGGUCGGUGCCCUCAAGGCUGAGCGCGUCCAUCCACCCACUGGCUCUCCUUCCAGAUAUUGUCUCUGUAGUUUGGGUUCUUGCAUGUAAAAUACUCCACAAUAAAGAAACGAACAAACUGUUA